GUGAGUGCAAGCAGUCACCAUAAUUUACUGAAGUUCAAUUGAAUGAGGAGAAACAAAAGUAUUAAAAGUUAAAAAAUAAUUAUACUAUUUCGAUUUAUUUUCACGGAUAGUGUAUUUUAUUAGAUUAUAUUUCAAAACUAAUCAUCCAUCAUCCAUUCAAAAAUGGGCAGAUUUUCAUCAAAUGUAUGUUUGGUUGUUACGAUUCUCACAAUCAGAAGUAAAUCAGAGGUGAAGGGUCACGGUAUGCUCUGGGAUCCACCAGGGAGGUCCACAGCGUGGCGGCGCGGGUAUCCACUUCCGGUUGAAGACCGGAACUACAACGAUAAUGAACUCUUUUGCGGUGGCAGAACCGUUCAAUGGAAUCAAAAUGGCGGGAAAUGUGGUGUAUGUGGUGACAACUACGCUGAUGUCAUCAAGGAUAACGAAAGCAUAAACGGAAAAUACGUCAUCAACCGGAGCAUAACCGGAUAUUACGUCAGAGGUCGGACGAUUGAGGUCACUGUUAAGCUGACAGCCAAUCACAAGGGAUGGUGGGAGUUUAAAUUAUGUUCCCUCAAGAACUACGACAAUGUUGUUACUCAAGAUUGCUUGGACGAGCACAUUCUCAACUUCUCCGAUGUAGGGAAGACUCGUUUCUACCUGGCAGAUAAUGGAUUCUUAGAAUCGCAGAGUUACAAGGUGAAACUUGACCUGCCUGAUGACGUCACGUGUGAUAACUGUGUACUUCAGUGGAAAUACUACACGGGCAACAGUUGGGGAUGCAGCAUUGGCCCUGACGGUGAAGUGCAGUGUUGUACUGGAUGCGGAAGCGGACAGGAGACUUUCCAAAACUGCGCUGACAUACAAAUUUCCGGUUCCAAUUCUCAGAGUACAUCCGGUCCGACAGAGAAGACCACCAAGUCAGCCACAUUGACUGCUCUUACCUCUGGAUCCACCUCAUGGGAAUCAACAACUACUGACAGUACAUAUACAACGGCACCACCCCAAACUUCAACACCAUUGACUGAGACUAUAACAACAUCAACAUCGCCAACGUCAGCAGCUACAAUUACUACUAAUUCACCAACAUCAACAGGCGGUCCUUCAUCAACAGAUGAUCCAACAACCCAACCAAGCUACAAUAAAAUCUGUCAAGCUAUUGGCGCUCAUUCAUCUCAGCCAGUAAUGAACCAAUGGUGCGCCACCAACUGCAACGCAACGCCAUCUUUCUGCCCGCCCGCCAUGUGCUUAUGUGGAGAAGCUGCAGCUACAACAAUGUCCCCGUCAGUUACACCAAGUAUAACAAAGGGGUGCCAAGCAAUUGGCUCUUACGCCUCCCAGGCCGGCAUGGACCAAUGGUGCACAGACAGCUGCAACGCCACGCCAUCCAACUGUCCUACCACCAUAUGCUCAUGCAAUGCAAAAUGAGGCGAUUAAUAAGAAUGCGUGAUGUUGUCCCGCGUGGUGUUGCGUGAGUUAUUUUUGCAACAGUUCCGCGUCCCAUUGUAUUGCACGUCAUGAUAAUCGCUUUUAUAUUUGUUUUGUUUCCGGUUCUACCGGUAAAUCUUUUUUUUUGAGAGGGGAACAGGAUUUGUAUUUUUUUUCCCUUUUUGCUUCGUUUAUAAACGUUAUUAUUGUCAUAUUUUGUGUAAUGUUGUUAAGUUAAAUCAUACGGUCGCUGAAACAAAAACAGCCAUGGCGACACUACAGAAUCUCAUUUAUUUUAAACGAAGUGAACAUCGUGUAAGAUAUUGUUUUUGUUUUGUUUUUAUUUCAUUUUGUGUUGUAUUUUAUGUUUUUUCCAUCAACCUACAUAUAUUGUUCGCCUCUUAAUGAUCUUUCAUUUUGUGCAACCUUGUUAUGAGCAAUGAUGCCAACACAAAACAAAUAUCAGAGUAUUAAUCUAUUUGAAUUAUCAAUGCGUCAUUCAUAUCUUUAAGUGGAAAAUUGUAAUUCACUCUUCGCCAGUUUGUGAUUUCAAGUUCCUUAAAGGAUUGUUCAAUUUAAAAGACCUGUCAUACUGCACAACUUAUUUUUGUCAAACAAGAUUCAUAUAUCAUUUACAACGGUUUCAUAAAAUGCAUUAACAUUUUAUGGUGCACAAAUCUGUAUUUUGUUCAACUGUAUGUAUGUUUUGGACCCGAUACAGAUCGAAAGUUCUAACAGUCAGAAACUGUCUCCAAUAUGAAUAACCAUACAUUGUGCUAUACCGUGCUAAUGAUUUUAUUUUAUAUCUUUGUUUCGUUUAAAUGAAAUAUGAAAUUGUUUUUAAUAACAUCUUCAAUAAAGUCAUCU